AUGCUGUUCAGUUUGCAUUUGAUAAUUACCGAUCAUGGGAUAGUCAAAAUUAGGAACAUAGUCGUGUCCCGUCGUCAAUAUCACGCACUGAUCCAGCUGAAACCCAUGAUGCUGAUAUCCGAUGCCUUGUGGCAACAUCAUAUCUGGUUGAGUGGUGACAAUAUAUUGCGGAUGAGCAACGUUUGGCCCCUCAUGUUGGAUACUGUAAUCCAUGGGUACCGAGACGGGCAACGAUGUGGACGUCAGAUGGUGCACCGAUGGCAGCUGUUGGGGAUUGAUCGACCUGAAAUUCAGCAUAUUCAGUUGCAUCGGUAGAUGCACGUUGAUCGGUGCUGUCGGCGCUCCGCCCAACGAUGAAUCAUUCUUUAUAUCUCCUAAUAGCUGCGAAUUUAACAUGUUAUCAUCGAUGGUGUUCAGCAUCGGAUUUGAAUGACGCGACGGAUCCACCUCACUGUCAUACCUGUUAUAGAUGUGCAUCAAGAGACUGUUGUUGCUAUUUACAAGAGUGUCUAAUGAGCUCGUGUCAAGAUCAAGUUGGUGAUCUGACGGGGGCAUCAAAGCACUCGCUUGCAGUGGUUGUGUAAUCGGGUUUAA